GCGCACGGCGUGUGCCCCGGACCGCGUCUCUGCUCCACCGGAGACUGUCCACAGUGCGCGGACAUGAAGGCGACACCGUAACCAACACCGUGACCUCCACCAACACGCGCACGACCCGGACAGAGGAGGAGAGCUGCAGACUGAGUGGCGAUCCGUGUCCGGCUGCAGUACCCUGGGAGUCAUGAGGACCAGAGGGCUCGGGAGACAGUCCUGAAGUUUGAUGGAGGGCCAUGCUCUUCAAACAGCAGGCACAGCUCAGACAGAAGCUCCUGGUUCUGGGCAGCCUUGCUAUUGGAAGUGUGCUGUAUCUGGUGGCCCGUGUGGGGACUUUGGAAAGGCUGCAGCCAGUCUGCCACGUGGAGCACAGCCUGCUUCCUGCGCCUGAACAGAUCCCACUGCGGAGCCUCCAGUUCAAACGCGCUCUGCUCCAUGAGCUGCGCCGAGGCAAUGGCACAAAGGAGCAGCUGGGGCUGCAGCGGCUGGUGCAGCAGCUGCCUCAAGCCAUCAUCAUCGGGGUGCGGAAGGGCGGCACGAGGGCGCUCCUGGAGAUGCUUAACCUGCACCCGGCUGUGGUCAAAGCAUCACAGGAAAUACACUUCUUUGACAAUGACAAGAACUAUGCUCGUGGCAUUGAGUGGUACAGGAGCAAAAUGCCCUUCUCUUUCCCCCAUCAGAUCACAAUUGAAAAGAGCCCUGCAUACUUCAUCACAGACGAGGUCCCUGAACGCAUCUUCAAGAUGAACUCCUCCAUCAAGCUACUCAUUAUUGUGAGAGAGCCCACCACCAGAGCUGUGUCAGACUACACACAAGUGCUGGAGGGUAAAGAACGCAAAAACAAAACCUACCACAAGUUUGAGAAACUAGCCAUAGACUCUAGUACAUUUGAGGUGAACACGAAGUACAAAGCUGUCCGUACCAGCAUUUACACUAAACACCUGGAGCGCUGGCUCAAGUUUUUUCCUGUGGAGCAGUUCCAUAUUGUAGAUGGAGACCGCCUCAUCACAGACCCUCUGUCUGAGCUGACGCUGGUGGAACAGUUCCUCCACCUCCCGCCCAGAAUCAGCCCCUUCAACCUCUACUUUAAUGCCACCAGGGGGUUUUACUGCUUGCGAUUCAACAUUGUCUUCAGCAAGUGCCUAGCAGGCAGCAAAGGACGCAUCCAUCCUGAGGUAGAGCCCUCUGUGCUGACCAAACUGCAGCGCUUCUUCCACCCUUUCAACCAGAAGUUUUACCAGAUCACUGGACGGACCUUCACCUGGCCUUGAUCCUCACAGCUUUGCUCCAGACUGUGUGUGUCUAGGAUUUAUGCAUAAAUCAGCUCUAAACACUUUGUAUUUUAUCUUCUGAAGAAAAAGUAUAAACAUCAAGGCAAAACACCAUACAAAGAGCAUCCAUCCAUUUUUUUCUGCUAAAUAUUUAUUGUAUGCUGACCACUAGGUAUGCUCACUUCAAGACAGACCUGCUGAUGUUCAAAAUAGGCAUGCUUUGAGUGAACUGGAGCACUAUUCAAAACAUUUAUAUAAACUGCAGAAGAGAUUAACUCAAAUGACCCCUAUGAUAUUCAUACAAAAAAUAUCCUUCUCUAGUUUUGUCAGGAAUUAUCUGUUAAUUAGAUGUUUGCCGUUUGGGGCAUUAAAGCAGGUGUAUUAACAUAUGUUACUGAAUAAAAAUGUUUAACUAUA